AUGGUGGUCUUCAACCAAUGGCGGCGGUGGCUUCGCUGCUCACGAUUGGGCACAGCGGCGGCGCAACCAACCCAGAAUAGAAAUGAAGAUGAAGAAGAAAAACACGGCAAGGAGGUGGCACCGGUGGUCUUCGACGGCUCUCCCUCGGCUGCCCACAACGUCACCAGCAGCGGCUGUGACGUUUGGAGGGUGAAGCAGCGACGGCAGUCGGCUGGAGGUUGGAACAUCGGAGAAACUCGGCGGAGGCUGCGGAGAACCGAAGUUAACGGGUGGUGCGGCGGCUGGAAGAGGGAACGGGAGGUAUAA